AUGUCUGCUUCCAACAAUAUCGACUCAGCUUGGCCUCCGGGCACUGUGAGACUUGAAGGUGGCAAGAAAUACACUGACAUCUCCCCUUCAGCUGAAGGAGCACAAGUGAUCUUGGAGCCAAAACCAUCCAGUGACCCGAAUGAUCCUUUGAAUUGGCCACAGUGGAGGAAAUAUGUGAACUUCGGGUUCGUCUCUUACUAUACUAUGAUGGUGUUUGGGUUCAUCAAUGUCGCGACCGUGACAUGGGGUUCCAUGAAUAUCGAGCUUGGCUUCAGCUUUGCGUUGCUAAACGAUAGUUACGCCGCCGGGUGUGGAGGGCUGUGCAUCGGAGCUGUGAUUCUCGUCCCCUUCGCCCUCAAAUUCGGACGACGACCCGUAUACGUUCUCAGCACUGCGGUCCAAUGUGGAAUCAGCAUCUGGUCAGCGCGGAUGCAUACUGUGGCAGACUUAAUGCUAGUCAAUAUUUUAAGUUGCAUCUUCGGCGCUCUGGCAGAAGUCUUGGUCCAGAUGACUGUGGCAGAUGUGUUUUUCGUGCACGAGAGAGGACUUAUGAACACAUUGUACCUUUGGGCUGGGUCCGUUGGUCUAUCUCUGGCGCCACUGGCUGGUGGGUUUGUCACUCUUUCCCAGGGUUGGCGUUGGGUGUGGUGGUGGAUGGCUAUACUAUUUGGAGCCGGGUUCAUCGCCUUCUUCUUCUUCUAUGAGGAGACUAUGUUUUGCGUGCCAUCUAUUGAUGGAAUUCCUGUUGCUGAUAGGUCGGCACCGCAACCAGCUUCUAAGAAGCAUGGGCUCGAACCCUCUAACUCGAACGGAGAGCAAAAUGAUUCGGCUCAACAGCCUAUUCAGAUUGAACAUGUGGAGAUCGAUUACUCGAUCCCCAAGAAGCCCUACUCGAAAAAAUUGGCAUUAUGGUCUAAUUCUUCUAUGUCUUUCGUCGAACUAUUAAAGCACAGCUACCAGCCCUUCUUGAUCAUGUUCAGCAUUCCAGCGGUCCUUUUCAUGGCCCUGGAAUAUGGAUUCAUGACUGCUUGCGCAACAGUACCCGCCGCCACCCUCGCAUCGGUCAUGACUCUCCCACCAUACAAUUUUACUUCGGCCCAGAUCGGCCUGAUGGGACUUGCGCCAUUUAUUGGUAUUAGCUUGGCAACCAUAGUCUGUGGCCCAUUAAGUGACUCCAUCGCGCUUCGACUUGCCAAGAGAAAUGGGGGCGUGUUUGAGCCUGAGAUGCGGCUCUGGCUCUCCCUAAUCUUCUUGCCUCUUAUUCCAGCGGGCCUUCUCAUGUUUGGAAUUGGUCUCAACAAUGGAUCUCACUGGAUUCUUCCGGCAUUCGGGUUGGGAAUCAAUGCGUUUGGUGUUGUGCCUACCGGCAGUACUGCACUCACUUACUUAACCGAUGCGUACACUGAUAUUAUCGCUGAUUCGGUUGUUGGGGUUACUUUCAUCCGUAAUCUGAUCUCGACAAUCUUUGUUUUCGCCCUCGUACCAUGGGUCGACCGUGUCGGGUUGACAUGGUUCUUCGUGACCUUUGGCUUAAUUGCCACGAUCAUCAUGCUCGGAAAUGUAAUCUUCAUCUACUUUGGAAAAUCUUUCAGAGUUCGUUUCGCCGGGAAAUAUCGCUCUUUCAGUGCGCAAAGACUCGGCGCGACCUGA